AUGGGAAGAGGAAAAGUGCGGUUUCGUUUCAUCACCAACAUGAAGAAACGAUUUGAGGAGUUCGAAAAGAGAAAGAAAGCCCUGGAGAAGUCCGCUUCCCAACUCUCCACUCUCUGUGGAGUCGACGUGGGCAUGAUCAUCUACGGGCCGGCCCACAGUAAGGACUAUGCAGACAGGCCCACAAUGUGGCCCAAUAACAACCCGGAAGUCCUCGAGGGCCUGAUUGAGUCCCACAAAUCGACACUAGGCUACGAGGCCCGGCCCAAAGUGUACGACCUAUCUGAUUUCUUCACGGAGAAGGCGGCUAAAGCGGAGGACGAGCUCAAGAAACUCCGGGAAUUGAAGUACCCGAUUCCUCACGAGGAUAGGUUUAACUGUAUGCCAAUGGAGGAAAUUGAACAGUUGUGUGGGUUGCUUGGGGCCAAGAUUGAGGCCGUUAGGGGGAGGAUUAACGAGAUGAAAUUUGGGCCUGCCGUGUGGAAUUACGAGCAAAAUACAGGGGAAUUUGACGGUUUUGGCGUGCAGGCUGAUGAUCGGCUUAUGAUGAUGAACAAUGGCUGUGGAUUGGGCAUGGGGCAGGGGCAGUAUGGUAAUUAUGGCCUUGGGUUUGUUGGUGUUGGGGUCCAAAAUGGUGGUCUGUUGACAGGGAUUGAUGGGUGGGGUGCGAUGAGUAAUAAUGGUGGAUAUGGGCUUCAAGGGCAUUUUGGGAAUUACGGUUUUGAUCUGGGGGCCGAUGAUUUCUUAUCCGGUGCCACUGGGGUAGGAAGUUCAGAUUUGAGGGAGUGCCGAACUUUUUUUGGGGAAUAA